ACCGGCGAUGAAGGAAGACAUGGAGAAGAUGGUGGCAGUAGGGCUCGUAUGGGGAGCCACCAAUGCUCUGAUCCGCCGCGGUGCUCUCGCCUGGGAUAAUAGAAAGUCUUCUUUGACAACAGAGUCUCCUCCUCCUCUUCAGAUCCGCCGCAAAAUCAUGAUUGCUCUCCGUGAUUGGAUCAAUCUCCUCCUCUUCUGGCAAUACUCAAUUCCUUUCCUCAUCAACCUCUCCGCCUCCGCCACAUUCUUCGCCCUUCUCAGUCACGCUCCUAUCUCUCUUGCCGUUCCCGUCACCAACGCCACAACUUUUGCCGCAACCGCCGCUUUUGGGAUCCUUUUAGGGGAAGAAACUCAAAUCGGACUUGCUUUGUUAGGUACGAGCUUUAUUGUAUUUGGAAUUUGGCUUUGUGUUCUGUGAAAUUGGAAUUUUGUAAAACCGUGACUCUGUUUUUGUCAGAUCUAUUUUGCCAGAGAAUUGGCUCAUUCUUGUUCUAGACGAAAAAGCUAAUAACGAAAACCUAAAUUA